GUUCUAUCGAAGCCGGAGUUCCGGUGAACGGAUACCAGAGCCUGUAUACCAUUUCGAGACAAAUCUGUAUCCCUUGAUACAUCAUUGUCGUCUUUUCCAGUACAGCGCAAUGGCUUCCUCACAGAUGACUCGAGCAUAUCCAAAAUUCUCAGAACUACCACUUGAUCCCCAACACCCUCGAUACUCGGCUUGGGGCCUUUGGGGAAAAGACGAUGAGCUGGGGACCCUUAACCAUCUGACGCCGGAGCGUGUUGUUGCAGCCGCAAAGGAAGUCAAGACAGGCGCGCGAUUCGGCCUGAAUUGGGCACUGGAACAAAUGGACUACACUGGUGGGUUCCGUGAAACCAUCAAGCACGAGAUAUUUCAGCUGGGCGAGAACAUGAAUGAUGACCGCAUAACUUUUAACACGCAAACAAGCACACAAUGGGAUGGAUUACGGCAUUGGGGUUUCGAUGAUGGCCGCUUCUAUAAUGGCUUUACGCAGAAAGAGAUCAUUGAGAACAAAUCACCAAGGCUGGGUAUACAAGCUUGGGCCAAGCAUGGUCUUGUAGGCCGUGGCGUCCUGAUCGACUUUGUGUCUUACGCGGCGAAGAAAAAUAUAGAAUAUGAUCCCCUAGAUUUCUACGCUGUUCCUCUGAAGACUGCGAAGCAGAUUGCCCAAGAUUGCAGCUUCGAUUUCCAAGCUGGCGACAUUGUCUUACUUCGAACUGGCUUUACCGCUGCCUUUGAGCAGGCUAGUAUUGAAACGAAGAAGAAGAUUAUGGCUCAAAGCCCUUUCAGGUACCCAGGAAUGGAGAGUAAUUUCGAAGUACUUGGCUGGUUAUGGGAUACACAGAUCGCUGCAGUAGCAGGAGACUGCCCUGGCUUCGAAGCUUGGCCUCCUUCCGAGCAUGCAUUACACCAGAUCCUGCUAGCUGGGUUCGGCAUGCCUAUAGGAGAGAUGUUUGCGCUCGAUGAACUUGCUCAGGAGUGCGAGAGACAAAAGCGCUGGACGUUCAUGCUUACCAGCGAGCCCUUGAAUGUCAGAGGAGGUGUCGCAAGCCCGCCAAAUGCACUUGCCAUCAUGUGAGCAGAAUAAUGGUUGUACUGAAGACCUGCCGGUGUCUUUGCUCAGGCUAUCGAAG